AUGAAAGACCAACUCGCCCAAGAAAUUAAGCAAGAGUUUGCCAAAGGAAACUUUAAACCGAGCCAAUUAAAACGCUCGAAAUCUACCGGAGAUAUUCCCCUGACUCCCUCUUUGCCGAAUAUUCGCUUAAAAAAAUCGCACUCCCAACCGGAAACGCCCCAACAACUUAACCCUGAACAAGAAAUCAGCCAACUACAAAGCCAAAUUAAAUUCCAUGCCCAAACUAGCCAGAAUUACCUCCAAUCUCUCCAAGUUGCCCAAGCCAAAAUCACUGAGUUAGAAGAAGAGUUAACUGCCAACCAACAAGCCAAGAAUGAUUUAGCCCAGCAAAUCCUCGAACUACGCUUAAAAAACUUAAAAGACUUUGGCGAAUACUAUGAGGAAAAGCAAGCUUUAAAAGGCGAUAAUCAAACUGAGUCUUUUUUAAGACAAUAUUUCCCAGGUGGUUCUACUUUUUGGAUUGACCCCUCCGCUCAAGGAGAGUUAAACUUUUCUUGCUUUCCUAAUUUAGAAAGGCUAGCCAUUCUCAAAGGUAAUGAAAAAACAACCGCUUAUAAUUUGGCUGAUUGUUCCCGUUUAACUCAUUUCCAAUUCCAAAAUUUAGGUGAACUUGAUUUUAGUCAGGUUCCUAAUCUCACUAGUUUGGUGAUUAGUCGAAGUUAUUAUUUAACGACGAUUAAGGAAAUCGAGCAAUUAAAAGCCCAGUUAGCCGAGCAUGAGCAGCAAGAAACUACCAGUGACCCCAAUGAAAGCUUAAACAGCAAAAUCCAACGUAAAAAAGCCCAGUUAGCUAACGUUAGAGAUAAUACCCGCCAACCUACUAAACAUUUACGGAAAGAAAUCGAACUCCUCGAAAAAAUCCAAACCUUAGAAACCCAAGUAAGCACGCUACAAACUAAAGAAACUAACUACCAAGAGCAAAUUCUCCAGAAAGAGCAAGCUAUCAAUGCGAAACAAAAAAAAACCACUCUCCAAGAGCAAAUCACCCAGUUAGCCGAACAAAAAGAUACCUUCCAAAAAAGUGCGGACUAUUUGCGUUCUACUUUAAAAGAUACUGAGCAAACCCUCACCGACACCAAAAACACCUUAGCCCAGACCCAAGAGAAUGUCCAAAAGUCCAAAGAAGCCCACCAACAAACCCAGAACCAAAAAGACGAAGAACUCACCAAAAAGCAAGAGGCUUAUGCCAAAUUAGAAGCGGCUUCGGUUCAAGGAGAUGCUUUUCAAACGCUACAAAAAGAAUUAGCCCAAGCCCAAAGCCAAGUUGCCACCUUAGAAGAACAGUUGAAUGCCAAAAAGAAAUUAACCCAAAAGCCCAGUAGCCAAGCUUUUAUUGCUCCUAAAACCAUUAUCCUGCCCAGUAGCUUGCCAAUUAAGCCUUUUAGUUUGCCUGCCACCAAGCCACCGGUGAUUAAUUGCCCUCCUGCCCGAAUUAAACCCUUGUCUCCUGUGCUUCCGAGCGAGAUUAUGGCGAAAAAAAGCCAGUUUCCAACCACUAUGCUAACCAAUCUACCUGAAAAAGAGCCUGUCUACCAUUGUCCUCGUGCCGAAUUUAUUGAAACCAACCCUGAUGAGCAAUACCGGCAAACACUGCUUGGUCUUUGUGAGGAUUGGCUAGAAAGCUUUAAUAAUCCCCAGCAAAAGAGUAAAAUAACCCAAGUAAUUAGCCUACUCCAAGCCGAAAACAAGGAUCGUUGGGAAUAUUUACAAGCCAUUUGA